GCUGUAGUGGUGCUAAUGCUAAUCUACGUUAGCAUUACCUAUCAAGCACAUCCAGGUUUAAAUUGUAUAAUACGUCGAAUUCAUACCACGAAACAAAGUAGUCACAAAAUCGUAUCAUUGCUGUCAGCUAUCGUCACUUGUAUCGUUAUUCAUUCCUUGCAGCAAUUAGCUGUUAGCCUUUUACCUUCUGAUGUGUCCAUCUUUAAUAUCCAUGAUUGUUCAUAGUUUAAUGUUAAAGUAGCAUUGUCACACACAUUAGGUGUGGUGUAAUUACCCUCUGCCUUUGACCCAUCCCUUUGUUCACCCCCUGGGAGGUAAGGGGAGCAGUGAGUAGCAGUGGUGGCCGCGCUCGGGAAUCAUUUUUUGUGAUUUAACCCCCAGUUCCAAACCUUGAUGCUGAGUGCCAAGCAGGGAGGCUAAAGGCGCCACAUUGAUGUCAUCCCUCGUACCAGCCAGUGUCCUGCCAGACCAGAGAGGAAGACGUACCUUGUUUCAGACAGGUAGCUUGUGGCCAAUGCCACAGGCUCUACCUGCUCAGGGAAGUGGACUGUCAGCCGACCCGAAGAGCCUGCAAUUUAGCCCUAACAGACUUUGGCUUGUUGAUUGAGUGGCCAUGGAUCUACCCCCAGUGAAAGUGGCCAUGUCCGAGCUAAAUAAGGAGCUUCUUGAUCUGGUGUGGGGAAGACCACCGAGUGGAGGAGUUUCGCCAUCCAUCUUCCGCAGAUGGACGCAAGGGUUUGUGUUCAGUCAGAGUGAACGCACAGCACUGGAGCAGUUUGAAGGAGGACCGUGUGCUGUAAUUGUACCCGUGCAGGCAUUCCUCCUGAAGACCCUUCUCUUUAACCGAGAGACGUCAGACUGGCGGCACAUAACCGAGGAAGAACAGAAAACAGUCCUGUGCUCCACGCUGAGUGAGAUCCUAGAGUCGGCCUGUUCCAGCUCCUCUACAGAAUUCUGCCUGGUUACGUGGGCCAAGGGACAUAGCCUUCAUAACCAUACUAAGAUGAAGGCACAGUCAAAAACUGAAGGCACGCCAGAGCCGGAGAGCAGCCAACCACCUGAGGAGCAGCAGCAGCAGCAGCAGCAAUCUUCUGCUUUGACUGCUGAGGACCUUGGCUUUGAGAGAUUUCACAGUAUUCUUAGCAAGCGAGUAGUUAUGUCAGUGUCUGACCUCAGAGAGGAGGUGCUUUCUCUCUACCAAACCUGGAAGGGGUGCUGUGGAGUCCUGCUUUUCCUCUACUCUGUUAUCCUAACAAAGGGCAUUGAGAACAUCAGAAAUGAGAUCCAAGACACGAUGGAACCCCUCAUAGAUCCAGUGCACGGCCAUGGAAGUCAGAGUCUGGUGAACCUCCUUGUAACUGGCCAUGCUGUGUCUAAUGUCUGGGAUGGAGAACGGGAGUGUUCUGGCAUGAAGCUACAUGGUAUUCAUAAACAGGCAGCAGUUGGAUUCCUCACACUCAUGGAGUCACUACGCUAUUGCAAGGUGGGCGCAUUCCUGAAGUCUCCUGAGUUCCCUAUUUGGAUCAUUGGCAGUGAAACUCACCUCUCUGUGUUUUUCACAAAGGAGAUGUCCCUGGUCGGUCCAGAGUGUCCAUCAGAGCAAGCAAGGAGGGUCUUCCAGUCAUUUGAUCCUGAAGAUAACGGCUUCAUCCCAGACUCUCUGCUGGCGGAAGUGAUGAAAGCCCUUGACCUUGUCUCAGAACCAGAAUAUGUCCGUCUGGUGAGGCGCAAACUGGAUCCAGAGAGCUUGGGCAUAAUCCUUCUGGGUCCCUUCCUCUUGGAGUUUUUUCCUGGCCAGGAUUCAGGAAUCCCGGACUCAUUCCCUGUCUACCACUACAACGGACUUAAACAAUCCAACCACAAUGAGAGGGUGGAGUAUGUGGAGGGGACCGCUUUGGUGCUAGGGUUUGAAGACCCGAUGGUUCGAACGGACGACACUCCGGUCAAGCGCUGCCUCCAGACCAAGUGGCCCUACAUAGAGCUGCUGUGGACCACCGAACGCUCGCCGUCCCUCAAUUAGUCUUGUUGGAGCGUCUUUCGGACCACUACUGCCUCCAUCACACACACACACACACACACACACACACACACACACACACACACACACACACACACACACCAAGCUCCACUAUAGGGAGCUUACAGAGACCGGGAUCACAACCACACACAUAAACACAACACUGAUGAAUGAGAACUUUACAAAUGCACACAAGAGACUGAUAAACUAAACUGUAUAUGCCUGAAGUUCACCUUUAAAUGAUGCUAUUGUCUGUUCAGCACGUCUUGCAAUUUCUCACAUCGUACAUUUACAAUAGUGUUGAUAUUUUACAAACACAUGCAGUGUGUCACACAAUCGCACGCUGGAGCUGGCAUUACAACUAUGACUGUUUGAAGGACGGGGAGCAGAGCGACCAAAAGCCUUCCACAUGAGAACGCACUCACACACUCACUGCUAAAAGUUUACAUUGUUAUGACAAACACAGGCUCAGAAUGUGGAGGUUAGUGUGCAGACUGAUUUUGGUACCUUAUGCAGCUCAUUCAGAAGUUGGCCGGGCGAUCAUGUAUUUAUUAACGCUCAGAUUGUGGAAUAAAAAUGUUUUUUUGACAUCUA